GGAAGCAACAGGCUUUUCAGGCAUAAACACCUUAAACAAUACUUUCUCCAUGCUAGUACACCACAUGCAAGGGAGUUUAUCGUGACAUUGACAUUAUCAAUGGCGUUUGUUGGACGAUAAGAAGCAAGGUCCGGUGUCAGAAAUUCAUACGUUUAGAUUUUGGAUCAAGUAGUCACUCGAGCGCCUUGUAUAGUGCAUUUAAACUAGAGGCUUGUGCUUUAGAUAGCCAUCAUGGCCGCACUGACGAACUCCCUCACAUUCGUUUCCCAGUUGCAAAUAACAAAUUACUUUAAUGUCGCUUGUCUAGUAUUCUGGAUAUUAGACUACUGCAUCUCAUUUGAGUUGGAAGUCCGCUGGGUAUGGGGGCGAAAGUGUGACCUUGCACGAUUUGUAUUCACGUUCUCGCGCUACUUGCCAUUUAUCAAUGUUGUCAUGACUAUCUACGGUGCGUACUUAGCUGCUGCUGUGUUUUCCUCACUGAUGGUUGAUACACGACGUCAGCCAUUGUACAGAACCCAGACAGAAACUGUAUUACCUACAACUAUGGUUGGAAUAGUAGGUUAUCUUUCUUCAAGCAUCAUUGCCCCAGAAGGUCUACUUGUCCUGCGGACCUAUGCAUUCUGGGAACAGAGCAAGAAAAUUCUGGCGUGGCUCCUUGUCUCUGGUGUGGUCUGUUUGGCAGUUGCUUUUACCUUAACAAGUGUAAUACCCAACUCUCUGAGAUCUUCAACCGCCAAAAAAUGCUUCUUUAUAAACUACAAGACCAUAGCUAUUCAAUAUGCAUUUAUAAUGCUAUAUGAGUGCUUGCUUCUUUCACUGACUGCAUAUAAAACGGCGAAGCACUACCGUGUUUCUAAGAAUGUGUUGGUCUUUGUGGUUUAUCGGGACAGCAUGAUAUACAUGGGUUGUAUUAUUGUUGUAUCUCUUGUAAAUGCUAUUGGAAUUGCCACUCUUCCGCUUGGGUAUAGCAGACUCUUUUUCUCGUUGCAGUUCUCCAUGCACAGCAUACUUGCGUCCCGUAUUCUUUUCAAUCUCCGCGAAAGUGAUGCCCGUCUGCACAAUGUUGACAAUAGCUUAUGUUGAGUACUGUCCAAUUUGAAACCCCGGCUCAGGAGGAGGAAGGCGAUAGAUAGCCAGAUAUAGUUGAUUCUGCAGAAACAAGUAUACUUUAAUACUUUUUCCCAAGCCAUAAACAAUAGAUCGGAGACUGUUGCAU